AUGAAAUUCAUUCAUUGUUUGUUGUUCAGCCUUUUUACUUCACUUUCAUGGGCCAGUGAUGAUCAAUCAUCGAAAGAAGAUCUAACUGAACUUUUAUCACUGAAUUGUCAAACACCAUCAGUUACUCUUCAUGUUUUUUCCACGAAGCUCAAUCCAGUUUGGAUGAUAAACACAACACAAAUAGUCAAUAUAAAAAAUGUCACGAAAAAGAUUCUCAAAGAAUAUGACCACCGUCAAUUAUCACCUGCCAAUUCAACGACACGAAUCAUGGGAUACCAUGGUUUUACCAUUAGUUGUUCUCCUGAGAAAGAAAUAUUCAUACAUGGUUUGACUUCUCUCGAGAAUCAUCUUUUAGAAACCGGCCGAUCUCAUCUUUCCCCGACCAUUCUUCGGCAUGUUAGAGAACAUCUUGGACGAUCGAUUGCGGUAACGAAAUACGCCGUAUUGACGCGUAUCAAUUGUGAUCGAGUACCGAUCAAAGGUUCUGAUAAAGUUCCCGUAUACAACCCACUCACCGGAAAUGGUGGAUGCUUCGUAAAAAAGCAAUCGAAAAAUAAUUGCUACGCCUACGGUACAAAUAUUGUUACCAAUACAUUCCCUCAGCCAGGUCGCUACAGCGGAAGUAGAUUAUCGUCCAUUACAUGUGAAUCUGUACGCAGAGCUGCAGUUUUAGACGGUCUCGUUUACUAUGGAACAUUAAUACCAAAAGGACAUCCGAAAGCGGGUCAUUUUGUUGCUUUGCUGAUAUGGCCAAAUGCAGAUUAUCAUUGGGUACGAAGGGAUGCAAACGGAUACUGGUCCCAUAAACCCGGAGCUGGAGCAAUUACAAACAAAGACAACACUGGAUCACUGAUUACCAAUCCAGCACUAUCAAAUCUGGCACCAUGGAGAAUAUUCUGCGGGUACUAUAUCGCCCAACCAUCAAAAAUCAACAUUAGAUAA